AUGCCGGGUUUCGACUUCUCAAACCACACCCGCAAUGCGGCCCUACACUCAAGAGGUGUGCCACUCCCGAAGGCUACAAGUACUGGAACGACAAUCGUGGGAUGUAUAUUUGAUGGUGGUGUUGUGAUCGCUGCAGAUACCAGAGCAACCAGUGGACCGAUCGUAGCUGAUAAGAACUGCGAGAAGCUUCAUUACAUCGCUCCUCAAAUCUGGUGUGCCGGAGCUGGUACUGCAGCAGACACCGAAUUCACAACUGCCCUCAUCUCUUCACAACUCGAGCUCCACUCCCUCUCUACCGGCCGCAAGCCACGAGUCGUUACCUGCAUGACAAUGCUGAAGCAACACCUUUUCCGAUACCAAGGACAUAUUGGCGCAUAUCUGGUUGUAGCUGGUGUUGACCCCACUGGUGUGGGAUUGUUCACUGUCCACGCGCACGGUAGUACGGACAAGCUUCCAUACGUCACCAUGGGAAGUGGUUCAAUGGCAGCUAUGUCCGUCUUCGAGACCCAAUGGAAGUCAUCUUUGACAGAACAGGAGGCCAUCGACGUAGCUUCCAACGCGAUUCAAGCUGGUAUUUUCAACGAUUUGGGUUCCGGAUCGAAUGUCGAUGUCGCGGUUAUUACGAAGGAGAAGACGACGCUAAAGAGAGGUUAUAUCAAGCCGAACGAGCGGAGCAAGAAGCAGAAGAGUUAUGUCUUCAAGAGAGGUACUACAGCUGUCUUGAACGAGAAAAUUAUCACGAGGGAAGAGAUCAGCAAAUACGUUACAGUACACGAACUGAAGGGAGAUGAGGCUGCAUUGGGAGAGAAAAUGGAUCUUGAUGUGUAG